AUGGCGCUGUAUGGGACUUCCGAUGCCUUGAUGUGCAGAGCGUUCCCAACAACCCUGCGAGGUCCGGCCCGCGCAUGGUAUAGCAGCCUGAAGGCCGGGACCGUCACCUCCUUCGACCAACUCGCUAAGGAUUUUGAGCUUAACUUCUUGGCUUAUGCCCGACCAAAACCGUCCAUGGCAUUGCUCCUCGGGCUCAAGAAGGAGGAUGAGCCCCCCUCCCAUUUUGUGAACCGCUUUACGACGCAAAUCCACGGAUUAUCGGACGCUCACCCCUCUCUCUUGAUGCAAGCAUUCAUGACAGGCCUGCGGCCCUCCAGGUUCUUCUGGUCGCUCGUGGAGCGGCCCCCCGCCGCGAUCCCUGAAAUGCUCCAGCGUGCCAGUCAAUUCAUCGCCGCGGAGACCUGGAUGGCUGGGAAGCGGGAGGAGCACAAAAAGGUCAAAUCGGAGCCGCCCCGACAGCAACAAUCCGCCACCUCCCGGCGAAGGUUGGACAGACCCGACCCAAGGUCUCCUCUUCCCGCCUUGAAUUCAUCCCGAACUGAAAUAUUCCUACACGAGAAGGGGAAGGGGCUACUCAAGGACCCUCACCCGAUGAGGAGCCCGCGAGAGCUCGCGGACCGCUCAAAGCAAAUAGAGGAGCUCAUCCUCAGAGGGCACCUCGGCCAGUACCUCCGACCGAACAAAGAGCAGUCACCUCGCCCGGAGGGCCCCGUCGAGCGACACAUCGAUGUAAUAACCGGGGGUCCCGCAUCAGGGGGAGGCUCCACGUCGGGCAGAAAGGCGUAUGCCCGAACCGCUCCCGACGAAGACUCGGGACGCAAGCCCGAGCCCGAGAUUACCUUCCCAACCGGAGCUGCCGAGCGACCCGACCAUGACGACACCCUGGUGAUAUCGGCCAGGGUAGCCAACGUGCAGGUUAGAAGGAUCAUGGUCGACACGGGGAGCUCGGCCGAUAUACUUUACUUCGACGCCUUCCGGAAGCUGGGCUUGGCUAGGGAGAACCUGAGCCCGAUGUGCUCAGCGCUCACCGGGUUCACGGGAGACUCAAUAUCGCCCCUGGGGGCUAUUACUCUACCCUUGACUCUAGGGACCCCACCGAGAUCGAAGACGGUGAUGACCGCCUUCCUGGUUGUCGACCUUCCCACUGCUUACAAUGCCAUACUCGGUCGGCCGACCCUCAACAAGGCCAGAGACGUCGUCUCAACCUACUACCAAACCAUGAAGUUCCCGACUCGUGCUGGAGUCGGAGAAGUUACGGGAAGCCCCCGAGUGUCUAGGCGGUGCUACCUGACCGCCGUUUCUUUGCACAAGAGGGCCAGGACCGGGCCACCACUGGAAGAUCCGCGGGAAGCAAAAAAGCUGGCCCCUCAUCCCGAGUCGAGUGGGUCCACCGUUGACAUUCCUUUGCGAGAAGCUCGGCCAGACCAGAAAGUCAAGAUCGGGUCAGAACUGCCCGAGCGGGAAUAG